UCGAUCCCGGGUCUCCAGGAUCGCGCCCUGGGCCAAAGGUAGGCGCCAAACUGCUGCGCCACCCAGGGAUCCCAAUAAUCUAAAAUGGUACAAGUGCUGGCCUGUGUAUAUAGCCUAUCUCUGUUAUAAUCAGAGGAGAAAGUAUUAUAAUCUGGGAGAAGUAGCCCUUCAGAGUCUGAGGAGCAUUUCAUCAGACAAUAACUGAACACUCACUGCAUACAAAAGCAAUAGAUUAGAUGCUUAGGAAUCCAUCCAAAAGAACCCCUGGCUACUCUGAAAUUAAAAGCUGCAUUCUCAUUUUCUCAAGCUUAUAUAUUUUAUGUAAUGAAAUAAAAUGUACAUCGUAUUUUUCUUGUAGUGGUGUAAGUCCGCAAGAAAAAGUGUGCAAAGAACCCUUCCCCUUCGGCCUUCUGCCUAUAGAAAUAUCCAACUGAUUCCCUGAAAAUGUUAGCUUUCUUUAGCAAGUGAAAUACACCCUAUUAUUCUCUCCUUGACCCUGUUUUACUGUUUUUCACGACACUUAGGACCACCUGACACUUUACAUAUUUAUCAUUUAUCUUUCCCAAUCAAAAUAUAAGCUCUCAUAAGGGCAGAGAUUUCAAGUAUUUUGUUCACAGAUACAUUCUCAGUAUCUGGAACUAUAUCUAGUAUGUGGUAAGUUCUCAAAAAAUUAUAAAAUUAAUAAAAGUGUUUUAAAAGGCCCCCUGAAUGCUGUGUUACAAUCAUUAAAUUGUAAAAUUUUGGCAUAUCUGUGUAUAUGUAUGUGAAUACAUUUACAGAUUCUGUGUGAUUACCAGCAUAGGCCAAGUCAGGAGUCAGAAGAUCAGAAGCUUGUGUGGGCAGACAGGAGUAUGGUUGCAAAAACAAAGCAACAUGUCUUAUUAAAUGGACUAAAGGACUCAAACACAGUCAGCAAACUUCUGUAAAAAGUAAACUAAAUUUCUGUCCUUUCCAUGUCUGAAAUCUGACUAGUAAAUGCAAAUUUACUUCAGAUUGGUUGGAUUGACAUUAGCUUUCUUCCUUGAUAAAGCUUCUGAAACCUAUUUAGUGAAGUUUUUUUUUCUUCUCCCUAAAUUACUGCCUAAAGAUACAAGCCCUCAAAUCGAAACAGUCUUCCAUUUCUAUUUUGAGAUUUGCUUGAGUCACAAGGUAAUCUUGGAGAAUCACUCUGCUCUGUCUCUCCACUUACUGAGGCUGCCUGGGAACUCAAACUGUCAGCCAAACAGGAAGAGGACCCUUCUGCCUAACUCCAAAAGGCCUAAGUCAUAUGAAUGUGGUGAGGUUUAAUGAUGGCUAUAGAUCACUGCGAUGGAUUUCCCACAGGGUGGAGGAAAGAAAGCAAACAUUUGACUUAACUUCCUCUAUAUGAAUUCAGGGCUGGUAGAAAGACUAGACUAUUAAAUACAGCAAGCAAAUGUCCCAAUGUUUGCUAACAUGUGUUUUCAACUAAAGAGACCCCUUCUGUAUUCCUACUAUAUAUGACACCUCCAAAACCCAAAUAUAAACAAAGUGACUGAUCUGAUCCUGGCAAAGGAUCAGAUUAUUAUACUUUUAUUAUUAUACUUUUUUUUAAAGUCAGUGUUUAUAAAAAUGUAUAAACCAUAAAGGCCCCUUUUUUCCAAAAUGAAUAUAAAGGGUUCCUUCCACCUGGAUGCUCUUAUUUGAGCCCACUAUGAAGUCUUGAGUUCCUCCUGCUUCUGUAGUAUGGUCCUAAAUUGUUCUGCCUUUGUGACUUUAAUUUCAAACCCUCCCCACAAUAACGCCUCUUGACAGAGUUACUCUUUCUAUACUCACACAAAUGGAAACAGAAGAGAUGAAAAGCCCCGGGGAUGCAGUCAGUGUAGAUCUCAAACUGAUCCUCUGCUAAGCACAACCUGAACUCUGCCUCUUUCUUCUGUGGGCAGAGUUCCUCUCUUGGCUUAGUGAUCUUGCUUGGCAUACGAGGCUUAGGACCCAGGGGGCGCCUUUCAGCGGAAAAAACACCUCGCUGCAGCAAGCUAGCUGGGAAGCUCCCAAUUCUAAAGAGACGCUGUUUACCAGAAGAGCAUAACAAGGGCAGGUCUGACUGCAAGCCUGGGACUGGGAGGCAGAGCCGACGCCAAGGGGAACCCAGUUGGACACUGGUUGGUCAAUCACCUGCAAGAUGAAGGAGGUGAGGAUGCUCUUGGCCUGGGUGCAAAUAUUCCUCAUCAGCAACAUGCUCCUAGCAGAAGCCUAUGGAUCUGGAGGUUGCUUCUCGGACAACGGCCACCUGUACCGGGCGGACCAGCCCUCCCCAGCACCGGGCCUGCGCUGCCUCAACUGGCUGGAGGCGCAGAACCGCCUGGCGUCUGCCUCCGCGGCGGACGCCGGCAACCACAGCUUCUGCCGGAACCCGGACCGGGACCCACGCGGGCCCUGGUGCUACGUCAGCAGCGACGCCGGCGCUCCCGAGAAGCGGCCUUGCGAGGACCUGCGCUGUUCAGAGACCACUUCCCUGUCCCCCCCAACCUCCACAGCAGAAACUGAGGCGGCGUCUGAAGUGCCAAGUGGAGAUGAGGUGCAGCUGUUCCCUCCUGCCAAUGCCCUGCCCGCCCGGAGUGAGGCAGCAGCCGUGCAGCCAGUGAUUGGGAUCAGCCAGCGGGUUCGGGUCAACUCCAAAGAGAAAAAAGACCUGGGAACCCUGGGCUAUGUGCUGGGCAUUACCAUGAUGGUGAUCAUCAUUGCCAUCGGAGCUGGCAUCGUCUUGGGCUAUACCUACAAGAGGGGGAAGGACCUGAAAGAGCAGCAUGACCAGCAAGUGUGUGAGAGGGAGAUGCAACGAAUUACCCUGCCCUUGUCUGCUUUCACCAACCCUACCUGUGAGAUCAUGGAUGAGAAGACUAUUGUGGUCCACACCAACCAGACUCCAGUGGACCUUCAGGAGGGCAGCGCUCCCCUCAUGGGCCAGGCAGGCACGCCUGGGGCCUGAGCUGCCACUAAUGGGCAGUAGCCCAUGCAGACACUGGUGCAGGACAGCCUACCCUCCUACAGCUGGGAGGAUCUAUAGUUUUUGUUGUGGUUAAAACCCUCCCUUGACUUUUUUUCUUUUUUUGGUGAAUUCUAAAACAGAAGCAGAGGUUGUGCUAAGGGUAAGGCUGGGUAGGAUCCUACCAGUGCUCCUCCUCAUCCUUGGAGCAGGAUUUUGCCUGUGGAUGGAGUUAGCGGUGGCCUCCACAGCAGUGCUGCUGACCAGGGCUUCCAAACAUUGCUUAUGCCCCAGAACUGACUCAGGGACAGACAGGGAGCUCCCCAAGGCUCCUCUAUGCUUUAUUAUCUAAGAUGGCCUCAGUCUCCACCCUUCUGUCUGUUCUCUGUGGGCUUGAGUGGCGCAUACUGUUAUCCAUAGUUCAGGUCAAGUAGGUCAAGAGUCAGGAUUUAAAAAUUAUAUUUAGUUUUUAAAAUAGUUGGGAUGGAACUCCCUACUGACCUCUGAGAACCAGAAAUGAGUUUGUACAGAAGUUAAAACUGUGGGUUGAAAAUGGGAUCUAGGCUGGGGGCUCCUGGGGGUGCUCCAGCUUGCUGGCAGUGAUGUGCCUUGAUAACCAUGGGCUGGGCCUGGGCCCAGGCCCUCUUCCUGUUUCAAAAGGAAAGGAAGAAUUGCACUGAACAUUCCACUUGGGAAGAGGGUAGAGAAGGAUUCAUGGCUGCUUUAGGCCACAGGACCUGAGGGGACCUGGGGUACCCUAGACAGUUUCUGUUCAGGGUGGACAAUGACCUCUUUUCAUUUUGCAGGGGUAAUACAAGAGCCAAUUAACCUAUGGGAAUUACACUGUGGGUCCUUGUGAGCUGCUUCUGAGGGGGUAACCCAGAAACUAAGCUCAGAGGCAAGGUAGUAAAGUCCGUCAGGACUUGCCCCGGCAGUGGCUUGAGUUUGCAGGUGGAUCUGUAGCCUCCAGGCUAGUGCAUUCCUGGGGAUAGUAGGGCUAGGGUCACAACCCCUAACUUGUAAAACAAUCAGAACCAUUGGGAGGGACCUUAGGGUUCCUCAAGCCUUUUGGACACAGGACCCUCUGGGAGCCCAUAGGGGUAAAGUGAUGCCUAAGGUCAUAGAGCAAGCUACUGGCAUGGCCAAGAGGAGAAUAACAUUUCUCCACAGCACUGUGCUGCACUGAGCCAGUGGCUCAGCAGGGCCUCCAAGCCCUGAUGUCACACUUGGAGGCCUUAGCAGUGCUCCCUAUCCAGAGCUUCCUUCCCAAAGCCUUUCCACUGCCCCACGUCGGGGGGAGGGGUCAGUAGGGCCCAUUCUCUUCAGCAGACUAUUCCUGGGAGUGGUUUGCUGAGGGGACCUAGGGUUCAAGGGUCCCUUGGUGUUAGUUGAUACCGAAGAAAAGAACAGUACAUUACUGGUUUCUACUUUUCUAUAAAAGCAUUUCUCUGUGUACAUGUUUUAUAUACCUCAUUCUGAUACCUGCAUAUAAAGUGCAGGAAAUUGCUCUGCAUUUGACUUGUAUAAAUUUUAAAAAACCACAAAAAAACAAAAAUUGUAUUGUCAAGUUUUUAAGGGGUGCCAGGACACUCCCAUAAGUUGCUUAGCUUUGGUUACCUUGUCCACACCUGUGUGGCAAGCACUGGGUUUCCUUCAUUAACCCUGGCCCUGUAACUGAUGUGGGUAACUGCUGUGUUCUGGCAUCACUAGGAAUCAUUCAGGUGGAAGUUGUAGGAAAGAUGGGAAUGCUGGCUUCCCCGUAAGUGAUUCAGUCACUGCAAAUCUUCUCCCCCCUCAGCAUUCUUCUGGAGGUGGAAGUAGUUAAAAUGAACAUCCAGGGAGCCCUCUGCAGGGGCUGGAGAUAGAAGUGAUGGGUG